AGUUACUAAAAGUAGUGAGGAAGACGUUACGUAAGCAUUGUAAACAGGAAGUAUUUUUGGAUAGUGGUGUCUGGAAUUUACGGGAGCGCUGUAUUUACAUUUUAAAGAGUUGCCAAGAGACUGAUCAUCAUCAUGGGCAAGAGUUGUAAAGUGGUGGUGUGUGGUCUGGCUGCCGUUGGCAAGACUGCUGUCCUGGAGCAACUGCUGUAUGCCAAUCAUAUUGCGGGCUCAGAGCCCAUGGAGACCCUGGAGGAUAUCUAUAUUGGCUCCAUAGAAACGGACCGUGGCACUCGAGAGCAAGUGCGCUUCUACGACACCCGGGGUCUUCGUGAUGGUCUGGAGUUCCCUCGCCACUACUUCUCCUUUGCAGACGGUUUUGUCCUGGUCUACAGCAUCGACAGUAAGGAGUCCUUCAAACGCAUGGAGGCCCUCAAGAAAGACAUUGACCGCUACCGUGAUAAGAAAGAAGUGAACAUAGUGGUGCUGGGCAACAAGCUAGACAUGCAGGAGCAGAGGAGAGUGGACUCUGAAGUGGCCCAGUACUGGGCCAAGACAGAAAAGGUGCGUCUGUGGGAGGUGUCUGUGGCAGACCGGAGGACCCUCAUCGAGCCUUUUGUCCACCUGGCCAGCAAGAUGACCCAGCCCCAGAGCAAAUCAUCCUUCCCCCUCAGCCGCAAUAAGAACAAGGGGAGUGGCUCUGUCGAUAGCUGAGGGAUUAGGGGGGAUGGAAGAGGGGAGGGAGUGAGGAUUGAUGAAGAAUGGGAAAGAGUAGUAGGGGAAACACAAUAGACUGAUUGUUAGCCUAUCACAAAUACAGACAAUUUUAUGUCUGCACAAAUGUACACUGACUGAAACAAAUGGUUUCAUGGAGAUUUUGACUGAUAUUUAGACUCAUAUUUCACCAUUUAGACUGAUCUUUGACAACAAGGAAAUGUUGACAUCAAAAGUAACACAUGGAUAAUCAAGAGGGUUGUUUGUAUCAUGGAGGAUACAUAAGGGAUUAUAUUACUGUUAGUUAAUCAGGAGAUUUGUUACACUACUGGCAUGCCAUAUACUCAGAUGAAAUAUGGCAACUAUUUUAGCAUGGAUGAUCUGAAUUUUAUUUUAAGAUAGAGUACAUGAAACAAAUCCAUAUUUAUUUAUUUUUGAAUCCCUCCCCCUUUUCCCCCCAAUUUCGUAGUAUCCAAUUAUUAUUAGUUACUAUCUUGUCUCAUCGCUACAACUCCCGUACGGGCUCGGGAGAGACGAAGGUCGAAAGUCAUGUGUCCCCCGAAACCCAACCAAGCCGCACUGCUUCUUAACACAGCGCGCAUCCAACCCGGAAGCCAGCCGCACCAAUGUGUCAGAGGAAACACCGUGCUCCUGGCGACCUUGGUUAGCGCGCACUGCACCCGGCCCGCCACAGGAGUCGCUGGUGCGCGAUGAGACAAGGAUAUCCCUACCGGCCAAACCCUCCCUAACCCGGACGACGCGAGGCCAAUUGUGCGUCGCCCCACGGACCUCCCAGUCGCGGCCGGCUGCGACAGAGCCUGGGCGCGAACCCAGAGUCUCUGGUGGCACAGCUAGCUCUGCGAUGCAGUGCCCUAAAUCCAUAUUUUGAAGAAUUAAAAAAACAUUUCUCUAUUCUUUUAGCGAUGUCAGAAAUGUUACUGCCUUUUGAGAUUGCUUUGAGUUUUAUUGUCUAAAGCUUUGAAUUGUGGCUGACAGACUAGUCUCUUGGUGAACAGGCUGUUUGAAGAGCUUCCUGCCUGCUGGACAGGCCCUGAAGAGCUCUUGACCACAGCCUAAGCUCGCUGAAUCUUCUGUACCUUAUCAGAAACUCCUUACUGUCCUUGCAAACCAUGGGGUAUUCUUGAUCUUUGCUACUGAGCUAUGUUGGUCAGACGAAAUGCAAAUGUAUUUCAUUUUCAAAUUAUUUAACUGACUGAAGCUAUUUAAUGCCAUGUCAGGGUCCAUAGUUAUUGUGCAACAUUUCAUGUGUGUGUCACUGAACAAGAAAGAUGCCUUGGCCUAGUUUGGAGUAGUUUUUUUGCUUUGUGACUAUUCACAGAUCUUUAUAUUUGUGUUAUGUUUUGACAUUGUUCAUCUCUGUCUUUAUGUCUGUAUUAUUGAUGUGCAUAUUAUUUUCAUGACACAUAUUGGGGCAUUUAUACCCUGAUGCAAUAUACAGCACAGUAUUUAUCUUUUAAAAUGUUCUGGAGACUGGAUAAUUGUUUGCAUGUCGUGUAAACAAAUAAAAUGAUUCGCUCGGCAUCUAA